CUCAGGACUGUUAAUAAUACCUUCAAAGCAGGCAUUUUAUACUGUGAAAGUGAAUCACGCACUAGUUCAGAGACGCACGAUAUGUCAUCUUAGAUAUACCGAUUAUCCUCGGAGAUGGGGCAGAAAAAAUUAUACAUCUCCAAACAAGUUUUUGUAGGUAUGAUUUCAUUGCAAUACAAUACGAUUUAUGAUUGAAGAAUUUCAUGGAUUUAUAACUUACAUGUGAACAAGGAAAUUCACUGGAGAUGGUUACGAUAAGGAAUUAUUAUGAGGGAAUUAGCAUUGGUGAUUAUGCAAUGAUGCAUAAAAAGUUGUUCAAUGAACUUGCUGUAUCAUUAUGGCCAUCCAGACGGUCGUCACCGCUUUGCAAAGUGAUUGUUUUAUGGGGCAGUGUCAAUCAGUUGAGACAACAUGGAGGGAAUAAUAUCAGACGAAUUGAUGAUUGAUUUGAAUAAUAAAAGAGUCAGUGAAGGCCAGCUCGUAGAAAUUCUAUCCUGCUGUGGCAGAAUCGACAUUACCGUCGACGAUGAUAAAAAAAUUGUUAUUGUCAAAUUUCAGAAUAAAGGUCAUGUCGUCAGAACGUUGACGACUCGCCUGGUUUCUUAUCAUUUCAAUGGCUCUUGGAAGAGCCUCUCUCCGAAAUCGGAAAUACUGAGUGGUGAUUCGCCGAUUGAAAAAUUACCAGGGGAUUGCCUCAUUAAGAUAUUCUCAUUUCUUUCGAUUAUGGAAAAGCUGAUGGUCGAAAGAGUUUGCAGACGAUGGAGAGAGAUCGGACUAGAGGGCUGGCCGGAAGUGAAGCAGCUAAGGAUAUCCUCGGAGCUAAAUAGAUUUACUCCAUCACAACUGGAGCAAAUUUUUUUGAGAUGUGGGCGAUUUUUGAAGCUCCUGGCAAUCCCAGUGAUAAGCGAAGAAACUAAUUGUCUGCCACUGGUGAAGCAGCACUGUCUCCAGAUCAAUGAGCUAGCAGUCGAUUUUAAUUUUAAAUCAUUUUCCAAACUUCAGACGUACUGUGAAAAUUUGACUGAGAUAUUUACCGCAAGUGAGAGAUUGACAUCAGUUAAGAUAUCGGGGGUUCACCCGAAUUUUAAUUAUGAGUGUUUGAUGGGACUUCCAAAAAAUCGAAUCACAGAACUUCGACUCUGUGCUCGAUCUCUUGAAUAUGGAACGCCUCUUAGCCUUAAUCUCCAUGGAUUCGACUCCCUGGAAGAACUUGAACUCAAGGGCUUCGUGAUAGACGAAAAAACUUUAGUCGGAUUGGAAAAUCUGAAAAAUUUGACCACUCUCAGUUUUGUCAACAGUCAAGUUCAUGUCAAUCAUGUGAAGAAGAUUCCGAACUUGGUUAAGCUCCAGCAAUUAUCGUUGGAGAAUAUAAUCAGCGAAGUUGAUGAUGAAGACUUGUCAGAAAUAGCGAGGAAUUGCAGAGAUCUUUUAUCUUUGAAUAUAAAUGGAUUGGAUAGUCUGACAGAUCGAUGCUUCGAGCCGAUAUUCCACCUAGAGUUCCUCGAAAAUUUGGAGAUGAUGGGGUUGUCGAGGGUGACAGACGCCGCAGUCCUAGGAUUAUUUAAUCUUAAGGAACUGCGCUGUCAGGAUUGUUGUCGAAUUGGAAAUAACGGCUUAGUUGGACUGAUUAAAAAUUCUCCAAAUCUAUCAAAAUUGUGGGUAGAUGGACCGCUAAUUACCGAAGAUUUCCUUAUGAAUGUUAAUGAUGUGAUAUCGCAUCGCAGCAGUGGAGUAAGACUCCACCUCCACUUGCAUUCAGAUGCAGAGGAUUGGGAGCAGCCGCGCUAUUUAUGUCCAUUAUUGAUGCUGAUUUACACUUGGUGAACGUCAACUCGUUACUUCGAAUGAUUCAUUCGAUUAACAAUCAGUUUCAUAUUACCACGACAUCACAGAAAGUUCAUUUGUUAAUACUGUCAGAACUACAAUAAACUAAAAUUUGAUUUUAAUUUUGCUGAAACUCAUUUCUUUCAUUUGUGAAAUAUGUGAAUAUUGCGGAACACUUUAUACUUAUAAGAGAGAAAGAGCUACUCUUGAUAAUUAAAAAGGGACGAAGCUGAUUGGCCAGGAGUUUGGGUAUUAAUUAAGUGUAUUUUUUCAUAUACUAAUUUAUUUCAUAUUUAUACAACGAUCAAUGAUACAGACGCUUGAAAAGCUGGCGAGUGAAACCAAACAAAGUCAGAAGUAAUCGAUAAAAAUCACUGUCGAUAUUAGGAAGUUGAAGCUAUAUACAAAUAUGAUAUGACUUUCGAAAAAGAAAAUUACCUGGUGAAUAGUGUAUACGUAUGGGAGAGUCGAUUGACGAGUGUAAAACGUUUCAAUAACAGCCGUCAACUAAAAAGGCUCAACUUCAUUGACGAAGAUUUUAUGUACUAGAUUAUCAUGUAGAAAAAUUGAAUUGUUCCAAACUUCAAUAUUUGUGCUUGUGUCUGUGUUUUCUCGCGGGUGACGAGGGGCUGCUGCCCCGAUGUUUUACGUUACUCCUGGGUGGUGGUGGUGGAGACAUAGAAGGAGACCUGGCUCGCCUCUUGCGUUCACUUCUGUCGCUUCUUUCACUCCUCUCGCUACCAGGGGAUCGUCGAGAUGAUCUCGACGAGGAGAACACGGGCGAUGGAGUCAUGCGAAUUCUGGGGGGUGAUGGCGUCACUGGCG